AUGACAACUGAUCAAAAGCCUCCAGAAAUUGAGCCGGCUCCUUUCAAAUGUGCCGUUUGUGACGAACCAGCCAGAGGUUUUCAUUUUGGAGCCUUCACAUGUGAAGGAUGUAAAUCCUUCUUUGGUAGAACGACAAUGAAAAAAGCCAGCGAGAAGUUUGAGUGCAAAAACAACGGGCAAUGUGAUGUAAAGGGCUCUAAUCGCACGUCUUGUAAAUUCUGUCGAUUCAGAACAUGCUUAGACGUUGGAAUGUCGCCUACAAAUUCUCGAUUUGGACGGCGGUCAAAAUAUUUUAAGAUAUCUAUUGCGAGUAAAAUAUCCAACAAAAUUCUCGAGCAAAUAUGCAAAUUCCUCACAACAUAUCUAGUAUUCUUAUUCAUUCUGUCAUUAUUGCCCAGCACUCUUGCUGUCGAUGUGUUUUGCGGUCGUUUGAGCGUGUAUGAGCAACAAAGAUUUGGACUAGGCUCCUAUGCUAUAUCUUCACAAGUCACAACUGAUUUGAAACAGUGUAUUGAAAUAUGUUGCGGAAUUUUAAAUUGUGAUGGUGUUACUUUCACCGGUAUAUUUUCUGCUAGAGCCGAUGAAGAGCCCAACUGCUUGUUAGUCGGAUGUCGUCAUUCACGAGCAGGGGAAAUUACAUGUGGUCUCACUGAUAAGGUGGAUGAUGCUGAAGGCUUGAUAUCCGUCACACUAGCCCGAAACCAAUCAACGACUGUUGCUCCUCAAUCUAUUCAUCUGAAUUUGAAUGACUCGUUAGCAGACUCAUCUGCAGAGAUUUCUGGCUCGUCUACAACUUAUCGUCCAGAUUUACAGUUUAAUGCUGAAUUCUCAACCAAUCGUCCUUAUGGAGAGCCUCAUUCAUUAGCUCCCGUAUGGGCCGUAGGCUUAGCAAUAGUUAUAGCCGUUGUAUGUGUUGGUUUAAAUUUAUCAUUACUCUCAGCAUAUAUUUGUUAUCGUCGUAAACAAUCACGAAAACAAACCGCCCAAAUUUCUACUAUAAAAGGACCAACCUUACAUGCUUAUAACCCAGCCAUAUAA